AUCAUAUAAAAGUAAAUUUCAAGAUGAUCUUGUUUUUACCAAUUGUUUUCGUAGUUUGCACUACGAUAAAUGCAGUGACCUGCGCAGAACAAACAAAAGUAAUUAUUGUUGGAGCUGGACCAGCUGGUAUUGCUACUGCUAGCAAAUUAUUGGAAAAUGGAAUAGAAGAUAUUUUAAUACUAGAAGCCGAAAACCGGGUGGGUGGAAGGAUCAACACACAGAAUUGGAAUGGUAGAACUAUUGACUUGGGUGCCGAAUGGUGCCAUGGAGAAAAAAACAAUAGUGUUUGGGAAAUUUUGCAAGAAAAAGGGCUGCUGAAUCUACUAGAACGCGACGAUAUAUCUGGUGACAUAUUUUUGUCUUCUCGGAAGAAUAUAAGUAAAGAAUUUUCAAAUGAGCUUUUUGAACUUGUCUUAAUUUACUAUGAAAGGAAUGAAAAAGUCACUCAGACAAAUGUUAGUUUGGGGGAGAUCAUGGUUAAAAGCUUUUAUAAAGAAAUUCAACAAAAAUUUGGAAACGACAAAGAAAAAUAUGAUGUUGCCAAAAAUAUGUUAGAUUGGUCGGAAAAUAUGAUUUUGGGCAUUGAAGGUGCCUUUUCAUGGAAUGAUGCCUCUUAUCUUAGUCAAUAUACAGAUUGUGAAGGAUAUUUACAUUGGGGAUGGGGAAACCAUGGAUACAAAAUUUUCCUAGACAUUUUAACAAAAAAAUAUCCCAACCCUAAGGAGCAGCUUCCAAUCGAUAAUAAAGUUUUGCUAAAUAAAGAGGUUAAACAGAUUAUAACAAAUGACAAUGGGAACAAAAUUAUAUGUAGCGAUGGUACAUCCUAUAAAGCGCAACAUGUUGUAUUUACACCUUCCUUGGGAGUACUCAAACAUGACGCUAAGUCGCUAUUUACUCCAAAACUACCAACAGGAAAAUUAGAAGCCAUUGAUAAAAUAGGAUUUGGUGCUGUAGUUAAGGUAUUUGUAAAAUACGAUAGAAUGUGGUGGGGAAAUUUACCUGGUAUAAAUUUAGUUUGGACCGAAGAAGAUAGAAAAGCUGUAACAAAGCAAUUUCCGCUAGAGCCCUUAAAUUCUAAAUCCCAGUCAUGGAUCGUAGAAAUGCACAACAUUUUUGUGGUACCCCACUCAAACAUUUUACUUGUAUGGUUCACUGGAGAAUUGGUGCCUACUAUAGAAAAAAUGGAUGACGCUACUUUACAACGAGGAAUCGAGUUUACAUUUGAUAAAUUUUUUGGACAUGUGUUUAAUGUUCCUAAACCACAACAAAUAUUAAAAACAACCUGGUACACAAAUCCACACUUUAGGGGCACCUAUUCCUUUGCAUCAGUAAAUUCUACCGUCCAUGAUGUCGAAAUUCUUCAACAGCCUAUCACUAACUCUAUGGGUGUACCGAUUUUGCAAUUUGCUGGAGAAGCAACUCAUCGAAUAUAUCACUCCACUGUUCAUGGAGCCGUAGAAUCCGGAUUUAGAGAAGCUAAUAGAAUAAUUCAGCAUUAUAAGAAAUCUUAGUGUUAUUUAAUUGGAAUAUUCUGAACUGUUUAAUAAAAUAAAAUUGUAUUAACCUUUUUAUAUUUAGUGAGUAUCUGGAUGGGAUGUUGUGUUGUCUAGGAAUAGGAGAGUUUUUCUUUUUCGACCUUUCAUUUUUCUGUUAAAUUUGUACAGCCAAUCUGU